GGUUUCGAGGGGACACUGGUUUGGGAGAAUUUGGACUCUGCUGGAUUGACCACAGUCAACUCCUCCUCUGUGCAGCUCAAUGAUGGAGGAGGUGUCCUCAAGAUCUCCUCUAUCGCAGAGGGCAUAUUGCCUCAUAGAAGUGCACUUGGAUUUCCCGGUUUGGCUGGAGGCUUCACAUUUACUAUCUAUGAUGCAGACGGCCUGUCGGGGCUCCUGCGGGGCCGCCCGGCCAGGAUGGAGCACCAUUCCUCCGGGCUGAGGCAGGAGGACGCCACCUUGCAGCAGGAGAGCCUCAGGCACGGCGACAUGGUGUUCGUAGACGUGGUAGACACCUACAGGAACGUGCCUUCCAAACUGCUUCAGUUCUAUAAAUGGUCUGUUGGAAACACUGACUUUAAUCUGCUGCUGAAGACGGAUGAUGAUUGUUACAUCGACGUGGACUCAGUAUUAAUGAAGAUUGACCAUAAGGGUCUCAAGUGCAGCAAUUUCUGGUGGGGGAAUUUCAGGCAGAGCUGGGCAGUGGACCGCAUUGGGAAGUGGCAGGAGCUGGAGUAUGCUAGUCCAGCCUACCCGGCGUUCGCCUGCGGCUCAGGCUACGUCGUCUCUCGUGACCUGGUCCAGUGGCUCGCCAGUAAUGCAGAUAAACUGAAGGCCUACCAGGGAGAAGAUGUGAGCAUGGGGAUAUGGAUGGCAGCUGUCGGACCACAGAAAUAUCAG